AUGGACCCGGUUGUUGCUGCCGAAAGGCAGAUUCUCGCCGAACACCAACUUCGUGAACAGGUUGUCAAUGAAGAUGAAGACAAGAAUAAGAUCACCGUACAGCUUGUCAUUGGAACGAAUUCCUUCACCAAAGGUCAAGACUUUGUGCAUUUAGCCUCGUUGGAGUUACCUGCUACUUUGGCUCCCGACUUCACCAGCGAAAGCAUUCAAUUGCCUAAUGGCACAGAGAACACUUUCAAGAUCGUGAAAUCUUGGCCCCACCCAGGUGAAGUGAAUAAGAUUAAGGUCUCUCCAGACGGACAAAGUGUGGUGACGUUUGACAAUACUGGUAUUGUGCAUUUGUAUAAGUUGGACAGCGACAGCCUGGUUGACUACAAGUUUCACACAAGCGAAGGCUAUGCUUUGGAAUGGAUUUCAAACAAGGAGUUUUUAUCUGGUGCUAACGAUGGCCAGAUUGCUCUUUGGGAUGUUUCAAACCCAGGUGAGCCAACGAAACAGUUCAACACACACUCCGCUGUGAUCAACGAUAUCACUUACAGCAAACCAGCGGAACACUUGUUCGCUUCUGUGUCGGAUGACUUUUACACAUACAUCCAUGACAUUCGUAAUCCAGGAGACUCACCUGCUAUCUCCAUUGAAAACGGUCACAUCCAGAAUGCCGUUGCUGCGCAUCCUCAGAUUCCUCUGCUUUUGGCAACCGGCGGUAAAGACAACGUGGUGAACGUGUACGACUUAAGAAACACAAAGGAACCAGUUAGACAACUUUUUGGCCACAACGACUCGGUAGUGGGCCUUAGAUGGGAUCCCGAAGCUAAUCCUUCCCAAUUAUACUCUUGGGGUCUUGAUAAGAGGGUUCUCACGUGGGACCUUAGCAACUUGAAUGAGGAGUUCACUUACCCUACGACGGAAUCAGACUCCAGAAGAAAAACAAAGGUUACCGAGGAUCCUUGCCUUAAAUUCGUUCACGGCGGCCAUACUAACCGCGUGAACGAGGUUGCAGUGCACCCCACUAUUCCAAAUCUUUUUGCUUCUGUUGGCGACGAUACUCUUCUUGAGAUUUUCAAGCCAAAGACGAUAAUAGAGGAAGAGGAGGCUGAGCUGGAAGAGGCUGAAGAAGAAGAAGAGGAGCAGGAACCAGAAUCCAAGGAAGAGAAGAAGGAGGAAGAUAAUGAGAUGGAUGUGGACGAAAAGCCCAACGAGGAAGAAGAAAACAAAGAAGCUGAGAGUGGAGACAACAAGGAACAACAAUCAGCCUAA